CUUUCCACCAGCUGUCAGUCAUGAGGUCACUUCCUGCGGGUGUAAACUCCAUGGCUCUGCUCUGUAUGGACGUGGUGGGGGAUUUUUGACAGCGGCAUCGCUGCUGGAAAACAAACAAGGACGUGGUUGGGGUCGGGGGACUCAGUUGUCCCUUCUCGCUCGAGCUCACGCCGACCGCUUCUCAACCCAGCGAGAUUUCCGAGGAUAUGGCGGCUUCGGAUUGGGCUGUCUAUUAUAAGUCUGAUGAGUGAAAGUGCCACCAUCGCGCUCCUCCACUGUUAUGGUCGACAUGGAGAGCCAUUACCACCCCCCUUCGCCCCUGGAGGACUCGGUGCUGGGCAGCCCCCUGUGCGCCGAUCACAGCUUCAUGGGUGGAAUGGAGGAGCUCCAGGACAUCUCCCAGUCCAUCGACAAUGACGCCCUCAGCUCCUUUGAUGUCCCCGGAUACCAGUCCUCCAGCAAUGGCUCAGAAGGUUCCACUGUUCUAGAUGCCCUGACGCCAGCAUCCAGCCCGUCAUCGGUUGUUUAUGGGAUGCCAGCGGGCCAGGAGGAGUUCUCAUCUGCCUCCUCAUCGCUCAAUCUAGAGUGUCGAGUUUGUGCUGACCGUGCCUCGGGUUAUCACUAUGGAGUCCAUGCAUGCGAGGGCUGCAAGGGUUUUUUUAGGCGGACCAUCCGUCUGAAGCUGGAAUAUGACAAGUGUGAGCGUCGCUGCAAGAUCCAAAAAAAGAACCGCAACAAGUGCCAAUACUGCCGAUUCCAGAAGUGCCUGUCGGUGGGCAUGUCCCACAACGCCAUCCGUUUUGGUCGGAUGCCCCAGUCAGAGAAGCUAAAGCUGAAGGCGGAGAUGGUAACGGGGGACAGGGAGGUGGAGGACCCUCAGGUAGCCGACCAGAAGACGCUGGCCCGCCAGAUUUAUGAGGCCUUCCUCAAGAACUUCAACAUGAACAAGGCCAAGGCUCGAACCAUUCUCACCGGCAAAACCAGCACCCCUCCUUUCGUCAUCCAUGACAUGGAGACCCUACAGCUGGCAGAGCAGACGCUUGUGGCAAAGAUGGUGGGCUCAGCAGGAACGCUAAAGGACAGGGAGGUAGAAGUACGGAUUUUCCACGUCUGCCAGUGCACGUCGGUGGAAACCGUGACCGAGCUCACAGAGUUCGCAAAGUCCGUCCCCGGGUUCUCGAGCCUGGACCUCAAUGAUCAGGUGACUCUUUUGAAAUAUGGCGUGUACGAGGCCCUUUUUGCCAUGCUUGCCUCCAGUAUGAACAAGGAUGGGCUUCUUGUAGCGUACGGCUCUGGCUUCAUCACCCGGGAGUUCCUCAAGAGCCUGCGGCGUCCAGUCAGCGAUAUGAUGGAGCCAAAGUUCCAGUUUGCAAUGAAGUUCAACGCACUGGAACUGGAUGACAGUGACCUGGCCCUGUUUGUUGCUGCUAUCAUCUGCUGUGGAGACCGCCCAGGCCUGGUGAAUGUGGCGCACAUUGAGCGAAUGCAGGAGAGCAUUGUGCAGGUUCUGCAGCUCCACCUGCUGGCCAAUCACCCCGACGACACGUUCCUCUUCCCCAAGCUACUGCAAAAACUGGCUGACCUUCGGCAGCUAGUCACAGAGCAUGCACAAUUGGUGCAGGAGAUCAAAAAGACAGAGGAUACCUCACUGCACCCACUCCUGCAAGAGAUCUACAGAGACAUGUACUGAGGGUUGUAGAGGAAUAACCAGGAAAAGCACUCUACAAAUCCUCUCCUUUUUGCAGGGGCAGAAGAAGAAGAAUCCUCCUUAAGCUAGGUUGAACCACUUAAUGAGUUAGUUUUGGCAUCUGGUCCGCACAGGAGGUCCCGUUAAGGUUCUGGGAAGAGGCUGAUGUUUUCUUGGCUUGACACAGUGCUCUCCAAUCCAUUAUGUGGACCUUUAUUGGCAAAAAAAAGUAAUGUGUGCAAAAACGUUAUGUACACAGCUGAUUGAGCUCCUAUCUAGAUACCAGUGUAUGCGAUCUCUGACCAAACAUGUAAUGCUAAUUUGAUGUAGUUGAGGUUAUCGCCAUGGUUAUUCCUAUCCUGACCCUUAACAAGCCCUAAAAUGAGGAAAAAAAGUGAACUUGAUAGUCACCACUCCAGCAGUUUGCAUGAAAGUAGCUUUUUAUGCUGAUGUCAAAGAACAACAAGCCAUAUACCUUCACAGCUAACAAUGCACAUAUGACUUCAGUGGGCAGCAACAUCAAGACAGUAGUAAUACAGUUUCCACUGCCUAAUUGGCUGUCAAUAACGGGUGGUGAUGGUUAUCCAAGCACCAGCCUCCCAAGCAUGUUCCUUCCCCGUUUGUAUUCUCAGAGACAACUGUGGUGCUACCAGGCUCCUGAAUAUAAACAUUUAAGUUUACUGUAAGUCUUCUAAGCCAUACUGUGUGUUUCAUAAUACUGGAAAUGAUUUAUGUCUCUUUCUCAAGUCUUUCAUUGAGUUGUCAAGGUCAUCCAGUCUUUUUCAAACACGUUUUUGAGUUUGCUAACCUUGGUUAGGAGGAGCUGUGCCCAGUCAGUUGUUUCCUCAUCUGACGUUAUUUGUUUGAUUGCGGCACAGCGCUCACUUUUCUUUGUUUUGGCUCGGGUUUCACAGGAAAAACCAGAAAUAGACAUGCAGAUAGGCAACUAUGUUUUAAGUAGACAAAUCCGGAUCUUUAGUUAAGUAUAUUGUCAUUUGGAGGCCCAACAUCAAGGACAGAGGUGUGCAGGAGCGUUCAGCUCAGUCCAACAACAACUUCUUUUGAAUUCUUUUCUCUUCCACUUCAGUAAGGCAUGGCAAAAUUGUACACUGCGCAAAAAGAAUCUGGAGAUAUCCUUUUUUUUUUAUUCCUGCAAAAUAUGGAUCAUAUUUGGCACAUAUCUGGAGAUUUUUUAUAUGCUUUAUGCCACGUCAAAUACUUAGCCAAAAUUGCUUCAUGCAGUAUACUGUGUGUGUUGCAUACACAUUGAAUAAACACUUUUGGUCACUGAAGCAUAUAUAGUGUAUAGAUAUAACACUAGAUGAUAUUUCAACAUUGAUAUUUAAGUGAUAUGAAUUAUAUACAGAGCAAGUAUGAAUUGUUGUGCACCGUGUCUGGGGCAAUACUAAGUCAGUAUUUGUUGUAUGGUAAAAUACAAUGUCCAGGAACAUCAUGUCAAAAUAUCUGAAUCUGACCUCAUGGCAAAUAUAAAGAUACAGUAUUUGAACUAAUUCAGAUAUCUUCAUAUUUGUAAUUUUCUAAAAUUUAUACUGGACCGCUGUUAAAUGCCUUUUUUUUUUUUGUUUUUUUUAAACACAUGCACAGACAUUUGGCACUCCAACCAUUUUUGUGUUCUGGUAUUCAAGGGCUAACACCAAGAUAAACCUUGCAACCUUGCAUUGCAACCUUAAUACAAGCAGACUUAAAGCGUAUUAGCCAGGAAUCAAUUCAUCUGUUUCUUAAUUUCUCAUUUGUUGAAUGCCUGUCCCUCCAAAAUACUUCAGUCAUUAUUUUUUAUCAUCAGAGUUUCUCAUCAUCAGAAGCUUGCCAUUUUGGGUGAACAGAGUUCUGUUUUGCUCUUGUAGUUUCUCUAAAAUUGACUGGUCAUUUUUGGCAAGAAUCAAAAGACAAAAGUCAAACACAAGCAUGUGGCCAUCUGCACUUAUUGAUUAUCUGAGUAAGAUAAGGCCCGUUAGACUUUUUAAAAAGCUAAAAGAUGAGACUUUUGUAACGAUAAGACAAGUGUCUGAUGAUGGAUGAAGAUCCUCUAUCGUGACGAUAAUGGUGCAUGUGAAGAGACCACUUCCCUCUUUUGUUGCCAUACUGCCUUUUGAAAAUGAACAUGCUACACAGAAGACCUACACUAUGGGAAAGUAUUAAGGAAUUGGUGAAAAUGUGCAUGGCCGAUAGUUUGGAUAUUAUAUGUAAAUCUGUGACAGAAUGCUCCCCCUUAUUUCCUUAUCCAACCAAAAUUUCCUAAAAUCAUCAUGAAUUUGUUUCAAUUCAACAUAUGAAAUGGACCUUGUGUUUAUAAUUACAUACCAUUGUAUGUAACAGGGUGGGCUGUACAUAGCUGAAAUUAUCUUCGUCCCGACUUUUAACUAAUUAAAUAUAUAUAAGGUAUAAUGAUGAUCAACUUUUGUAUUGUUUGGUAAAUACUGUAAAAUGUUUGAAAUUAUACAGUAAAUGUAGUUAGUUCUCUAUGUUAUUUUUCUUAAAUGCCACAUACUUGUGUUUCAUUUGAAUUGGAUCAUAUUUUUAUACUAAAGUAUAUAUGUAUGACUAAAUCUGAUAAUUCUGUAUUUGAAAUGGCAGGAUUGAAGAAUGCAGUGUAAAUAGAUUUAUGUGUAACAGGGCGACUGGUAAUCUGAAUAUCUAAAGAUCUGAAUCCCAUUGGGGACAUUCCUUUUUUUAAUUGCUAUUUUUAGAUAGAGAACCAUCAAUGCUGCAACGUGCAACUGUAACGUUUCAACUGUAUUUCAAUUAUUUGUUAAAUUAAGCUCUUGUGAUUUAAAGUGAAUAUGUGGGCUGUACAGGGCUCACAACCUUGGGUAGUUGAUUAAAACUUGACUUUAUCAUUUGAAAAAUCAAGCUAGCACUGUAAAACAAUAUUGAUCUCCUCUUUUUAUACUCUGUUCUCAGGUUGCAUAUUUAAAAACAUGGGGUAAUAUAUGCACAGAAUGUCAUUAUCAGAAAUCAUCCAUAGUUGCCUCUUGUUGCUCAACAAACCAACAUGUUUUGGUUUUUGAUACAUCCCAUCUCUGUUGAUAAAAUUGAAAACCAUAAUGCACUUGUAGUUUGAUUCACAUCACAUGCUAUUACAGUUGAGAAGAUGCAGUGAUGAAAAAGCAGUGUGCUGUUUUAUAAUCCUGUUUUUGUCAUGCUUUAUGUCUGACGUUCCUCUCCUCACUCGCUGCUAGAUUGUACUAACUCACCAAACAUUUAUUAUGCCAUGAAUAGAUUACUGACCUUCAAGUUGCUUAUACUUACUUAUCAUAUCUUCUCACUGAAUGUCGAUCCCACUUGCAGAAUUCAUUUAACACAUCUUGGUUUUUUCCACCGGUGAGUUACAGUACAAUUCAGGAUUAACCUCAAACUAUCUGUGCCUUAGCGUGAACCCAUGCCAUAAAGCAUUAGAGAUUCAGAAA